AUGGAUCGCGUGGUUGCAGUGGGCCGUGAGAAAUCCCACUUCGGCCAACAGAACGAAUCAUCCAUUUCGAACGUAACAAAAACUGUUCGCAACGGCGGUGUCCAUCCCGAAAAUCCGCAAAAAAAUUAUCCGCUGUGGGACCUGGGGAAGAAGAAAAGCAAAACACGAGGCUAUCCGAUGUCUGUCUGCGAUACCAACUCCCGCCUGGCCGAAUCGUGUAAAAUCAUUGCCGUCAGCAUCUCGAAGCACCAGUGUGGAGAUGCUCCAUCAGUUACGGCAUAUUGA